CACAAGCGGGUUUUGUGUUUAGACUCCGCCUUCGUACCUGUAAAUCUCCCCCGCUGAGUUGCAGUUGACAGGGAAUAUCAGCUGGCGUCUGGCGACGCUAGAUGAGCAGAAAAAGAACAACAGUUAAAAUACAUGUAGGCUAGUACUUUACGGAUUAUUCACGAAAGGACUGUGAAUCUGGACCGCGUUCCACGGUUAGCAGACAAAAUCAGCAGUAGGCUAGGGCUAAACUGAGGUUAUCGACAAGGUGGAGUUUGGAAAACGUCUGUUUGACACUACUGUUCUGUUCGAUAUGUAGGCUAAAUGUGAGAGAUUCGCGGUCAUCAAGCGUGCUGAGCGUUCACAACAAAGCAUUGGGAUUAAUUACAAGGAAACUGUAAAAUAUGAAUAUUUGAACAAUUUGUUUCUCAUCUGGAGAUUGAACACAGCACACUCGGAACGUUUCGUGAAGGACCUGAUGCGUUUGGAGGUGGAGUGCAAGUGGCGAUUUGGACGAAGUUACACUCGGCUGUGCGUCACUGGUUACUCUGGGUACUGAUUUGUAUAAAGGAGAAUUGAUGAGACCGUAUCGAAGGAAAGGGGUGGCAGCUGAAGCAACAUGGCUGAACAUGGGUUAGGGGGCGCUGACAGGUGCUCCUCUCAAACCUCUGGAUGUUAGUUCUUGAGGAUGGCAACCGUUCUGUUGGCACUGGCAAUAGUAUAAUGACUAAUUAUAAAAGUGGCAAUUUUAAGCCGGGGACGUCCUCUAUCCAUAUGUCCAAGAUGGACGUGAUCAUCCCGUAUUCGCCCGACGUGCCCUGCGAUAAUGGUCAGCGCAUGUGGUGGGCAUUCCUUGCUUCGUCCAUGGUCACUUUCUUUGGAGGUUUAUUCAUCAUACUUUUAUGGCGAACUCUGAAAUACCUGUGGACUGUGUGUUGCCACUGUAACGUCAAAAAGAAGGAUGUUCAGAGAGUCAGCAACCCCACAGUUGUCGUCGGUGCAGACGGCGUGGUCAAGACCGAUGACAAGGACGCCGUGGUGGCUGCCAGCGAGGUGGGCUGGAUGACCUCAGUCAAAGACUGGGCAGGGGUCAUGAUCUCAGCACAGACGCUCACCGGACGAGUCCUGGUGGUGCUGGUGUUUGCGCUCAGCAUUGGGGCCCUGGUGAUCUACUUCAUCGACUCCUCAGAUGAGAUAGAGUCCUGCCAGAACUUCACCCAGGACCUCACGUUACAGAUCGACAUGGCUUUUAACGUCUUCUUCCUGUUGUACUUCGGCCUGCGGUUCAUCGCAGCCAAUGACAAGCUGUGGUUCUGGCUGGAGGUCAACUCCGUGGUGGACUUCUUCACCGUGCCGCCUGUGUUCGUCUCUGUGUACCUCAACAGGAGCUGGCUGGGGUUAAGGUUCUUAAGAGCCUUAAGGUUGAUACAGUUCUCAGAAAUUUUACAGUUUUUGAAUAUUUUAAAAACUAGCAAUUCCAUAAAACUUGUGAACUUGUGCUCAAUCUUCAUAAGCACAUGGCUUACUGCAGCUGGAUUCAUCCACUUGGUGGAAAACUCAGGGGACCCUUGGGAAAACUUCCAAAAUUCCCAAUCCCUUUCGUACUGGGAAUGUGUCUACUUACUCAUGGUCACCAUGUCCACAGUGGGAUAUGGAGAUGUUUGUGCAAAAACAACCCUUGGGCGCCUUUUCAUGGUCUUCUUCAUCCUCGGUGGAUUGGCAAUGUUUGCGCGCUACGUGCCAGAAAUCGCUGCGCUCAUCCUUAAUCGGAAGAAAUAUGGAGGGACUUAUAACUCAACUCGAGGCAGAAAGCAUAUCGUGGUGUGUGGUCAUAUAACGCUUGAAAGUGUGUCCAACUUCUUAAAAGACUUUCUUCACAAGGACAGGGAUGAUGUCAAUGUAGAAAUUGUUUUUCUUCAUAAUAUUUCCCCUAAUCUUGAGCUGGAAGCCUUAUUCAAACGACAUUUCACCCAGGUGGAAUUUUACCAAGGGUCUGUCCUUAACCCUCAUGAUCUUGCAAGAGUGAAGAUUGAAUCGGCCGAUGCCUGUUUGAUCUUAGCUAACAAAUACUGUGCAGACCCUGAUGCAGAGGAUGCCUCCAACAUAAUGAGAGUGAUAUCCAUCAAGAAUUACCACCCUAAGAUCCGCAUCAUAACACAGAUGUUGCAGUACCACAAUAAGGCCCAUCUCCUGAACAUCCCGAGCUGGAACUGGAAGGAGGGAGACGACGCCAUCUGCCUGGCCGAGCUCAAACUCGGCUUCAUCGCCCAGAGCUGCCUGGCACAGGGCCUCUCCACCAUGCUGGCCAACCUCUUCUCCAUGAGGUCAUUCAUCAAGAUUGAAGAGGACACAUGGCAGAAGUACUACUUGGAGGGGGUGGCCAAUGAAAUGUACACAGAGUAUCUUUCUAGUGCCUUUGUGGGUUUUUCCUUCCCUGAGGUUUGUGAGUUGUGCUAUGUGAAGCUGAAGCUGUUGUUAAUAGCCAUAGAAUACAAGUCAGAUAUACGAGAAAGCAGCACGCUCAUCAACCCUGGGAACCAUGUGAAGAUGGAAGAGGGAACGUUAGGCUUCUUCAUAGCCAGUGAUGCUAAAGAAGUGAAGAGGGCGCUGUAUUACUGCAAAGCUUGCCAUGACGACAUCACAGAUCCGAAACGGAUCAAAAAGUGUGGGUGCAAAAGAACCAAGAUGUCCGUCUACAAGAGAAUGAAACUGGCAUGUUUUGAUUGCGGCCGCUCUGAGCAUGACUGCGCGUGCAUGUCAGGCAGUGUGCGUAGUAACGUGGACACUCACCGACAAGGCUACGCGCUCUCCCCCCUGUCUGUUAAUGAUUGCACAGCCACUUUGCGCUCCUCUAAAAGUAACUAUAAUGGAUAUAUCAAAUCAAUGGAUGAGGAGCCACAGUCUGCUCUGUCACCCAAGAAGAAACAGCGCAAUGGUGGCAUGAGGAACUCUCCUAACACCUCACCUAAAGUGAUCAGACAUGAUCCUCUCCUCAUCCCUGGCCACGACCAGAUGGAGACCAUGGACGUCAACGUCAAGAAAUAUGACUCAACAGGCAUGUUCCACUGGUGUCCAUCCAAAGACAUCGAGAAGGUCAUGCUGACCCGGAGUGAGGCGGCCAUGACAGUCCUCAGUGGUCACGUGGUGGUCUGCAUCUUCGGGGACGUGAAGUCGGCACUGGUGGGACUCCGGAACUUGGUGAUGCCCCUGCGGGCCAGCAACUUCCACUACCACGAACUCAAGCCCAUCGUGUUCGUGGGCUCGCUGGAGUACCUGAAGAGGGAGUGGGAGACCCUCCACAACUUCCCUAAAGUCUCCAUCUUACCCGGCACACCUUUGAGCCGUGCUGACCUGAGAGCUGUCAACAUCAACCUGUGCGACAUGUGCGUCAUCCUGUCGGCCAAUCAGAACAAUAUCGACGACGCCUCGCUGCAGGACAAGGAGUGCAUCCUGGCUUCGCUCAACAUCAAGUCCAUGCUGUUUGACGACAGCAUCGGGGUCUUGCAGGCCAACUCCCAAGGGUUCACUCCACCUGGCAUGGACAGGUCUUCUCCAGAAAACAGCCCAGUCCACGGGCUGGUGAGGCAACCGUCCAUCACCACCGGAGCCAACAUCCCCAUCAUCACAGAGCUGGCUAAGCCAGGCAAAACACUGCCCUUGGUGUCAUUCAGUCAGGAUAAGAGCAGUGGGAACAACAUCCCAAUGAUUACUGAGCUGGUCAACGACUCCAACGUUCAGUUCUUGGACCAAGACGACGAUGAUGACCCAGACACAGAGUUGUAUCUCACACAGCCCUUUGCCUGCGGGACAGCUUUCGCAGUCAGCGUGCUAGACUCCCUCAUGAGUGCGACGUACUUCAACGACAACAUCCUGACCCUGAUCCGGACGCUGGUGACCGGCGGCGCCACGCCCGAGCUGGAGGGACUCCUGGCUGAGGAGAACGCGCUGCGUGGCGGCUACAGCACGCCACAGACCCUCGCCAACCGGGACCGCUGCCGUGUGGCACAGCUGGCACUUAACGACGGGCCCUUCGCCGAGCUGGGGGAUGGAGGUUGCUAUGGUGAUUUAUUCUGCAAGGCACUUAAAACAUACAACAUGCUAUGUUUUGGGAUUUACCGCCUAAGAGAUGCACAUAUAACUUCACCCACCCAGUGUACCAAGCGGUAUGUGAUCACUAACCCGCCGUACGAGUUUGAGCUGGUGCCGUCGGACCUGAUCUUCUGCCUGAUGCAGUUUGACCACAACGCGGGCCAGUCGCGGAGCAGCCUCUCGCACUCCUCGCACUCGUCCCACACGUCCAGCAAGAAGAGCUCGUCCGUGCACUCCAUCCCUGCCUCCGCGCGCCCCCCUGGACGCAGCAAAGGCCGCGACCCGCGGGACAAGCAGAAUGCUACAAGGACGAGUAGAAGGGUCCAAGAAAAGACAUGGUUUACAGAUGAACCCGAGAAUGCCUUCCCCCGGAACAUUCAGAUCAAACCCAUGAACACGCACAUGGCCAAUCAAGUCAAUCAGUACAAACCGACAGGCAACCCCAUCCCGACCAUCCGAGAAGUGGAGGACGAAUGCUGAACUCAUGGCUGGGAAAGAAAACCUCAAAGUCAGACAGGCUCAACAGGUUGACGCACCAGUUAAAAUAUGGUUCAAAUAGCUUCCAAUAUUGUGUUAAUUUUAUGACUAUGAGUACCUGUACAGUGAGUAUUAUUUCCAGGCUUUUUAUAAACACACAUACUGUAUCCACGGAUAACUACAUGUUAUAUGCAUUACAGUACAUACAUGCAGUAUAUUGUAUGGGUAUAGACAAUCAUGUUGAGACGUAGUCACAAGAAACCUAUAGAUGCGCAGUUUAAGUAUUGUCCUCCACUUGUGACCAGCCUCUGUCUUGUGGCCAUUUUGUUUAAGUAUGACGGUCGUUUUUAGUGUCGAGAGACCGCUAACAUGAUGAACAGCACAUGGUUAACAGUGACAUAGCGCUAGAUGUGAUUCACUGCCUUCCACACUUGUAGGAGAGUUACAGUAGAGUGUGUCAGUAACAGUACAGGAUGGUUUUCAAGCUUGUCUAUUUGUCCUGUUCAGCUGGUGCAUGUUAUGUGCCUUAGCCGUCUAUAUAAUAUCCUGUGCUAAAGUCCAACGUCCGCAUUUACAGUACCAUAAAUGCAGCUUUUUGUUCAUUUUCUUUCAGGCACAAUGGCGGUGCCUUUAUCGUACACCGGCUGGUUUGUAACGUCACCUCCUUAUUUUGAACGGGUUUGUGUAUAAACUUUGAUCUUCUCUUAAGGAAAAUGAGUUGUAGGACUUAAUAUGAAGUCAUAGAUUUAAAUCUGACGCGUGCGAUCGGAAGUGACCCAUUGCGAACAAAUGAACCUGAAUUAACUGCAUAAGCAAGCUAAAAAAACAGAUGCAGUAAAAUCCCCUCAUGUGAUCGAGCUAACACCAGAUGUACAGUUAGAAACUAUUAGCAAGUCGCAAGUUCUGCUAUAAGAGACAUGACAUAGAUAAAUUAUUAAAAUAUAAUAAAUAGUUAGGCGUGUUUCUACAGAGUGCCACGUAUUGCGUAAAGUGGGCAUUGACAGGACCCUCUUUGGUUGAAGACACUGUCUGGCACUGGGUUGGCAUGGGGGCAUGAAAGUGCUUGGGUGUUCCCCAAAGCCAACCCAAACACCACCAUUUCCAAAAAGGGCACAGAACUGACUAUGUGUGCAGCUCAAUCACAGACUGGGGAUUUUAGUAGGAAGAGUUUUUGCUAAAAAGUAUUUUAGAUCAUCGCAAAUUACAAAACAUCCACAGUAGCAGUGAUUUGAACCAUUUAAUGAAACUGUUUGAUGUUCAUCAAUCAGAUGUGUGUACUAAUUCUGUUCUUCAGCAGAUGGUUCCAAAAAUGCAGCUUUUCUGUUUAUUUACAACAUUGUUUUAAUACCAGGAGAACAAACACUCCUGAUUUUUGCCUUCAAUUGUGGGAAUUAUGCAGUUUGCCUUACAUGCCAAGGGGUAGAGCUUUUUUGCAAAAAUAUAUUCAAAAGACAUGUAAAUGUGUUCAUUUGUACAUAACAUAUAAAUGAAUGAACUCCAAUAACGGUAGAGCUUCUUAAGAGAGACUCUUUCAAGUCUUGCAUCUGAAUGUAAUAAUUUAUACUGCUGUCAUAAUAUAUUACUGUACAUGUGUUGAGGAGCAUAAUCAGCAUCACUCUUUGCAUUAGAUCUCCUAUCAGUCAGAUUGGGUCAAAGGGAGUUUGAAUGAACUUGAAUGUGUGUUUUUUGUCAACUGUAAAUGAAUGGAAACACUAAAGAACAAUACAACUGCAUUGAACUGUUUACAUUCCAUUAUGUGCUACAGUAGAUGUUGUGAAAGAGAUAUCUUUUGAUCUUAAAAGUGGUUUGUCCUCAUAUUUUCUCCACAAAAGGAGUAUGUUUCAAUGUCAAUUCAUCCUUAAUUUACCAAUGACAUUGGAGUGGUUCUAUGACAAGUACUCGUCAUGUGACUCCAAGUCGAUUCACUUGUACAGUACAACGUUAACCUGACUGAUUUCCUAUUGCCUGACAUUUAACUGGUUUAGCUCUGCCCCAAAAUAUUGUAAUCAAUGAAUUCAGUGUGUUACAUAGUUGCUUCUGUCUUUUGUGAGUAUAGCUCAGUCAUUCUCAGUUAAGAUACCAGGGUGAAUAACGUUGGCAUUCGCAACGCUGAGUUGUGCUGGCACUGAGAACAUCCAAGCCUCCUCUCAUGCCUCAGUGCCAGCAACGUGCCAGGCGGUGGUCAGACCAAAGAGGGCAUCCUGAGAGCCCACUUUAGCGAAAAGUGGCACCAGUGCAAAAUUAUCAAUUGACCUUAUUUAACGCAUCAUUUAUGUUGUUAAUUCAUUUUUAAUUUUUAAGGACAGCUACUUUUUUUUGUUUUGAGAAUGACUUGAGAAGUACUCAUGAUUGACACUGAACAUACAAACGCUGUAAACUAACAUUUCUUUUACUGUUAAUUUCAGUAAACUGGUAUGUGUGUAUGACUCAAAAUUGUCCCCUCAAAUCAUAUUCUUGUGUUGAAAAGGACUUUGUUCGUUUUAUGUUAAUGUCAUUAGUUCACAUACAGAGAACACAAACAAAAGUCUUAACCAGUAUUUGGCUACCUACAGUUGGGAAGGCUUAAUUGAUAUCAGUCAGUAAGCUGUUUGUGUGUUUGUUUGUGUGUGUGUGUGUGUGUGUGUGUGUGUGUGUGUGUGUGUGUGUGUGUGUGUGUGUGUGUGUUUGAGUGUGUAUUUGUAGAGGGCGAACCAGUCUUGUGAUUUUAAUUGAUGGUUGAUGGUUGUUGAUGGAUUUGACCUUUUUGACAUAUCAUAAGAAAUCUAGUGAUUAUUAGUCUAGCAAUUUAUUAUCUUGUACAAAAAAGGUUUGUAAAUAACUUGUACAUGAUUUUCAUUUUCUAUUUUUUCGCACAAUAAAGACGGAUGCUCUUGUGCUGUA